GGUGGAGGGGGGGUGUUGCCCCCGGCUGUUGGCCUUCUGCGGGUAUUGGAAGCCUGGCUGGUGCCCGCUGGCCGGAGUAGACAUCAGGAGACAUCGGGGCGAGGAACAGGGCGUCCUCAGUGCCGACCUGCGUCCCGGUAAGACCAUGAAUUAUGGCAUUUCUUAAAUGAAGCAUUGAGGAAUGAAGUGAAAGUCAUAACAUAUAGAAAAUAAGUGAUUUUUAAGUUAUGUCUGUUAAUUUGACUAUAGAUGUAUAUAUUUACCUCCUUAGUAAUGCAAGAAAUCUUUGUGGAAAGCAGAGAAACAAACAGCUGCAUUUCUUGUGCUCAUCUAAAUAUUACUGGAGGAUAAGCCAUAUCAGUCUUCAAAGAGGUUUUCAUACAAGCAAAAUAAGAUGUAAAUGGAUCAAAAGUGAAGCAUAUUCAUGUAGUAAGAACUGUUACUCACCAAGAAACCAUGCUUUACAUAUUGGAAUUUUGAAACUUAGUACUUCUACUCCCAAGGGACUUACAAAAGUGAACAUUCGUAUGUCCCGUAUUAAAAGUACUUUGAACUCUGUUUCAAAGGCUGUUUUUGGCAAUGAGAAUGAAAUGAUCUCACGUUUAGCACAAUUUAAGCCAAGUUUCCAAAUAUUAAGAAAAGUAUCAGAUAGUGACUGGUUAAAACAGAAAAAUGUUAAACAAAGUAUUGAUUCUCUGAAAAAAUAUAGUGAGAAAUCUGCAGGAAAGAGUUCUCUUUCAGAAAAGGAAAGUCACAUUGCAGAUAAAGGUGAAGAUAUAAGUAAUCGAAGCCCUUUCCGCUACACAAACAAUUUAACCACAAAAUUUGGAGAAUCAUUCUGUUAUUUAUCAACUCAUAUUAAUUCAUACUUCAAACGUGAGGGGAAAAUGUCUGAAAAGAAGGAAACUAAGCAUACCCAGAAUAAAUUAGAACUUGAAGAUAAAAAAGUUGAAGAGAAAUCCAAUUCUCUAGAUCCUGAUGUCCUGGUUGAUAAGAAAGUAGACUCAGUACCUUCUUUACAUACUGUGGACAAGCCUGAAAGUUCCAGUAGGAUACCUGAAGUUCUUCCAGUUUCUACCAAACAGAGUAUUGCCAACUUUCUUUCUCGCCCCACUGAAGGAGUACAGGCUUUAGUAGGCGGCUAUAUUGGUGGACUUGUCCCCAAGUUAAAGUAUGAUUCAAAGCCUCAACCAGAAGAACAGGAAGAGACUGACAAAGCAGAGCAAGCUGUCAGCAAAGACAAAAAAACAGAGGAGAAAAAGCGCUUAUCCCUUCAACGAGAAAAGAUUAUUGCAAGAGUGAGCAUUGACAAUAGAACCCGGGCAUUAGUUCAGGCAUUAAGAAGAACAACUGACCCAAAGCUCUGCAUAAAUAGGGUUGAAGAACUUACUUUCCAUCUUCUUGAAUUUCCUGAAGGAAAAGGGGUGGCUGUCAAGGAAAAAAUAAUUCCAUAUCUACUACGAUUGAGGCAAAUUCGAGAUGAAACUCUUCAGGCUGCGGUUAGAGAAAUUUUGGCAUUAAUCGGUUAUGUGGACCCCGUGAAAGGAAGAGGAAUACGAAUUCUCACAAUCGAUGGUGGAGGAACAAGGGGUGUGGUUGCUCUUCAGACUCUACGAAAAUUAGUUGAACUUACUCAGAAACCAGUUCAUCAGCUUUUUGACUACAUUUGUGGUGUAAGCACAGGUGCUAUUUUAGCAUUCAUGUUGGGAUUAUUUCAUAUGCCCUUGGACCAGUGUGAAGAGCUUUAUCGGAAGUUGGGAUCAGAUGUUUUUUCACAGAAUGUCAUUGUUGGAACUGUCAAAAUGAGUUGGAGCCAUGCAUUUUAUGAUAGUCAAACGUGGGAAAACAUUCUUAAGGAUAGAAUGGGAUCAUCACUGAUGAUAGAAACAGCAAGAAACCCCACAUGUCCUAAGGUAGCUGCAGUAAGUACCAUAGUAAACAGAGGGAUAACUCCAAAAGCUUUUGUGUUCAGAAACUAUGGUCAUUUUCCUGGAAUAAACUCUCACUACUUAGGAGGCUGUCAGUAUAAAAUGUGGCAGGCGAUUCGAGCCUCAUCUGCUGCUCCAGGCUACUUUGCAGAGUAUGCAUUGGGAAAUGACCUUCAUCAAGAUGGAGGAUUACUUCUGAAUAAUCCUUCGGCAUUAGCAAUACAUGAGUGUAAAUGCCUUUGGCCAGAUGUUCCAUUGGAGUGCAUAGUAUCCCUGGGCACUGGACGUUAUGAGAGUGAUGUGAGAAACAAUGUGACACAAACAAGCUUGAAAACCAAGCUGUCUAAUGUUAUCAACAGUGCUACAGAUACAGAAGAAGUCCAUGUAAUGCUUGAUGGUCUGUUGCCACCUGACACCUAUUUUAGAUUCAAUCCUGUAAUGUGUGAAAACAUACCUCUAGAUGAAAGUCGAAAUGAAAAACUGGAUCAGCUCCAGCUGGAAGGAUCGAUGUACAUAGAAAGAAAUGAAGAAAAAAUGAAAAAGCUUGCGAAAAUAUUAAGUCAAGAAAAAACAACUCUGCAGAAAAUUAAUGACUGGAUAAAACUAAAAACUGACAUGUAUGAAGGUCUUCCAUUCUUUUCAAAAUUGUGAUGAAUAUAUACAUAUAUUACAUAUAUUUUAAAUCAAGUAAUGUUCAGAAGGCCCACAGAAUUCAUUGAGAAAAUUUGAGGUUCAGCAUGGAUUACCUCUGAAAUGCUUGUGUAUUCUGGGGACUCCUGAUAAAGGAUGGUUUGGGGUCUAGCUUACACAUCACAAAGAGCAUGCUGAGUUACAAAAUUCACAUGGGAAUUAGGUUUUUAUGAUGUUAAUAAUUAACUAAACUUUAGGAAUAUUGUAUUUGUUGGUUUUUAGUAGAUAUUGGUGUUAUAUUGUUUGAUAUUUGAAAAUGUAUUAAUAUAUGUGCCAAGCAAGAACUAAAAAUUAUAAUAGUACUUGAAGUUUGCUUUAAUCACCAUAAUCAUGUUGAAAUUGUUUGCCCAUUGAUUUUCUUAUGAAAAUCCACAGGACUGGAAAGCUAAUUUCUUCUUAAAUGUACAUCACUUAUAUGUUUUUCACUGGCUACAUUCUAAAUCUUAAUGUUGCUUUUAACUAUAAUAUCAUAAACAGAUGCAGAGAAAUGACAUUUUCUCAGUCAACAGACUUUUACAUUUGAAAUAUGAAAGAACAAGAUAGUUUUCUACACAAAAUAUGUUUAUUUGAACAGUGUUUGAUUCAUAAGUAGCUAAAUUUAUAACUAUACUUUCCUUCUGAAAUUUUAAAAUAAUGUUGUAUGUUAAGGUUUCUAGCUGUUAGAAAUUUAUUACUUGAAUUCAUGGAGAAGAUAUCCCUACCAUUAACAAAAAUAAAAUGCUGAAACAAUGUGUUGUUAAAAGUUAA